GUGAAGCAUAAAUGAAUUCUUUACAAUUUCCGGGAAGGAGAAAACAAAAGGCCCUUAUAGUUUUGUCCUCUUUGACCGAAAAAGGCAAUCAGUUAAUCAGACAAAGAUACCAUAACCAGAUAAAGGACUUUGAUAAGGAAAAACGUUAUCCUGUGUUUCUCCAAGAGUUUAACGUUCCUAUAUCAGGGAGAUGACGGUUCUUUUUUCUCGGGUAAUUACUAGGAUUUCAGGGACUCCCAGAAAAACCUUGUUUGGCUGCCCUCAACACUGCCAAUCUCUUGUCUUUAGCACUAGCUGUCUAUCUUCCACUGAUUCUAACCCAAAGGGAGAUGCUCUUUUACAGGAAAAGGUGGACCCAUUUUCACUUGUUGCUGAUGAAAUCUCACUUGUUUCAAAGAGAUUGCGUUCAUCUGCAGUUGCUAAGGUCCCUGAGCUUGCCUCAGCUGCUGGAUAUUUAUUCAAAGAGGGGGUUGAAGGAAAGAGGACAUGUUCCACGGUCUUGUUGUUGAUGGCUACGGCUAUGGAUAUACAUAGAUCUGAGUCACCUUUAAAUUGCAUUGGAAAUACAUUGAGAAUAAUUGAACUGCGUAGGAGACAGCAACUUAUUGCUGAAAUAACCGAGAUGAUCCAUGUGGCUAGCCUUAUUCAUGAUGAUGUCUUGGAUGAUGCAGAUACAAGACGUGGUAUUGGUUCAUUAAAUUCUGUGGUUGGAAAUAAGUUAGCAGUGUUAGCAGGAGAUUUUCUGCUUUUUCGAGCUUUAGGGGCACUUGCUUCCUUAAAAAAUACAGUGGUUGUAUCGCUACUAGUAACAGCAGUAGAGAAUCUUGUUACUGGUGAAACCAUGCAAAUGGCAGCAACAAUUGAGCAGCACUGUAGCAGCAUGGAGUAUUAUAUGCAAAAGACAUAUUACAAAACUGCAUCAUUGAUCUCGAACAGCUGCAAGGCUAUUGCCCUUCUAUCCGACCAAACACCUGGAGUUGCAAUGUUGGCUUUUGAAUAUGGCAAAAAUUUGGGAUUGGCAUAUCAAUUCAUAGACGAUAUUCUCGAUUUCACAGGCACAUCAGCUUCCCUUGGAAAGGGUUCUUUAUCUGACAUACGGCAGGGAAUCAUAACUGCUCCUAUAUUAUUUGCCAUGGAAGAGUUUCCUCAGUUGCAAGCUGUCAUUGAGCAGGGCUUCAACAACCCUGCCAAUGUCGAUACUGCUCUUGAGUACCUAUGGAAAAGCCAUGGAAUACAAAGGACGAGAGAGCUAGCAACAAAGCAUGCUAAUCUUGCUGCUGCAGCCAUUGAUUCUCUGCCUGAAAGCAGCAGCAUGGAUGUUUGUGGUGGUAAAAAAUCUUUAUCUUGGAGUUUGCCUUCAUUGCUUGGCCUUGGACGGCAAAUUCAUCAGAGCAGCUACCUAGUAGAGGAACAACUUGACCCUUUUUCACUUGUCGGUAAUAGGUUGCGGAGUAUGGUUGUUGCUGAGGUUCUAAAACUUGCUUCAGCUGCUGAGUACUUCUUCAAAAUGGAGGUGGAAGGAAAGAGAUUUCGUCCUACGGUUUUGCUUUUGAUCGCUACAGCUUUGAAUGUUCAUAUACCUGACCCAACUGUUGGUGGUGUAGGAGAUACCUUGAAAACUGAUUUACGUACAAGAUAGCAGUCUAUAGCUGAGAUCACAGAGAUGAUCCAUGUUGCAAGCCUCCUCCAUGAUGAUAUCUUGGAUGAUGCAGAUAAAAGACGUGGUAUUGGUUCAUUGAAUGCUGUAAUGGGCAAUAAGUUGGCUGUAUUAGCUGGAGAUUUUCUGCUUUCUCGAGCUUGUGUGGCCCUUGCUGCUUUAAAAAACACGAGGUUGUAUCAUUACUAGCAACAGUUGUGGAGCAUCUGGUUACUGGUGAAACCAUGCAAAUGACCACUUCAUCUGAACAACGUUGUAGCAUGGAAUAUUACCUGCAAAAGACAUACUACACGACUGCUUCCUUGAUUUCAAACAGUUGCAAGGCAAUUGCACUUCUUGCUGGGCAAAGUGCUGAAGUUGCAAUGUUGGCCUUUGACUAUGGCAUAAUCUGGGAUUGACAUUUCAAUUGAUAGAUGAUGUUCUUGAUUUCACAGGCACAUCAGCAUCCCUUGGAAAGGGUUCUCUAUCUGACAUCCAGCAUUUUAUACUAGGUUAACAAGAUGCUUUUAAAUGGCAUACAUAAUGAUGAAUACAUCAGUUCAUCACAAUCA